AUGCCACGUUUGUUUAUUAACCAUGAAACUAAAACUAAUACAAAUGAUGGUUUGUCAUCAGUUAUUGAUACAUAUGCUGAUGCAAUCUUACGUACAUUUGCUUCUCUUAAACCACCGCCAUCAAUAACAUCAAUUACUUCUCGAAAAUAUCAUCAUAAUCAUUCUCAUUCUCCUCUAUCAACAGUGAUAAACGAUUGUUUGGAUAAUCAAUUAAUAUUAAGUGAAACAUCAUCAUUAUCAUCUUUUUCAUCAUCAAUUAAUCAAAAUCACUUUACACUCGAAACAAAAUUACCAUUAGUUAUAACAAAAAGUGAAUCAUUAAAAAGAUUUAAACGAUUUAUUUCACAUUUAGAUAAAAUUUAUCAUAAAAAAAAAAUGUCAACUAAAACUCUACUUCCAUCAUCAUCAUCAUCACAUAUAACAGAUCGUUAUUUUUUUCGUUCAUAUUCACAUAAUACAAAAAAAACAAGAUUAUCAUCAAAAAAUAAAUUCGAUGAUACCACAUCACCAUUAUUAAGAAAACGUUAUAAAUUUUCUUCAACAAAUACUGAACCAUAUAAUCAUAAUAAUAUUUAUAAAUUUCCAACAAAUAAAUAUGAAAAACGUUCACAUUCAAUAGAUUCUGAUCGAUAUUAUUUUCCAUUAGAUAAUUCAAUUAAAAAUUCACAACAAACAUUAACAUAUAUACCAAAAUCUAAUAAUUUUGAGCAACAUUCAAUGACAUUCAUGGAUGGUCGUACAUCAACAUGUAUUUCUGAUACACCGUAUCUAUUUUCAAAAACAACAGAAACACAACAAUAUCCAAGUACAACAUCAACAUAUAUUCAUUCACAAGAUAAAUCAACAUAUCAAAAAAUAUUAGAUGGUGUUUCAGAUUCAUCAUUACAUACUUCAAUAAUAAAUCCUAACAUUCGACAAACAAAACGAUUGGAUACUGUAACAUCAACAAAUGGUUCAUUAUCAAAAAUAAAACGAUCACGAAUAGACAAAAUUCCAAUUGUACAUUUUGAAACACCAACAUCAAAUUCAUCUUUAAAUGAACCACGUGAAUUUUUAUGUUGUAAACAAUAUGAUCAAUCAACAGAAUCAUUUGACAAAUCAGUCGAUCGUCUUGUUUCAUCAGUAAAUAAAAAAUAUGGACAACAACAACAACAACAACAACAGCAACAAAUGAUUUCAUCGCCAUCAAAUUCUUCAACAUUAAAUUAUAUUAGUCAAUAUUAUAUAAAAGAUGAUCAAACAUUAAUUGAUUAUCCAUUUGAUAUUGAUGAUGAACAAAAAAAAAAUUAUUAUAAUUUAAAUACUAAUCGUACACAUACACAAAUAAUGAAAAAUUUAAAUAAAAGUUUAAUUGAUCAUGAUUAUCAAAUCGAUAAAAAUCGUUUAAAAUCUUUUCAACAAAAUGUUCGUCGUUGUUUACGUUCAUAUGAAAAUCAAUCAUUACAACGUGAAUUAAAUUAUGAUUUAUUACGUUGUUUUUCAUCAUCUUAUUUAGAUGAUUUAAAACGUGAAAAUAUUCGUUAUAAUCAUAUACGUAAUAAUAUACAUUCAUAUACAUAUGAAGAUAUUCAAGAUAUUCAUGUACCAUCAAUGUUAGAAGUUUAUAAAAUGAAAAUAAAUAUUGAUCGAGAAAAAAUUCAUCGUUUACAAUUAUCAAUUACAACUGAACCAUUAUCAUCCGUAUCAUCAUCAGAUUUUAGUCCAGUUAUGAUUGGAAGUUUUAAUGACAAUCUAGAAACACAAUCAACUGGUUUUGAAACUGAUCGAAAAUCAUAUACAUCGAUUUCUCAGCCAGUAACAAAUAUUCGUGCAAAUGUUGAUAUAUUUUAUGAAAUAAUGCAAGAAAGUUUUCUUGGUAUUGAUGCAUCAAUUGCUGGUCAUGUAUCAAAAGCAACACAAUUUAAAAAAGAAAAAUCUCAUCAAUAUCAUAGAAAACCUCGUAAUACGGAUAGUGAUAUUGAUAUUCUAACAUAUUCAUCCAUAUGGUCUGAUGAUGAUGAUGAACUCGAUGAAAAUCAAUAUCAUCUAGAAAAAACUAAUCAAAAACAAAUAAAUAGAAAUCAACGAAAAAUUUCACGUUAUCUAUCAACAGUUAAUCGUUCAUUACUUGAUCGUCCAAGUGAUUUAAUAGCUGAUUUUUAUCUUUCACAAUUAAAUCGUAAUAUGCAAGAUAGUGUUCGACAUAUUGAAAUAAUUGCACGUGAUAAAGCUCAUAAACAUGAAUUUAUUUAUGAUCAUAAAAAUAAAUUAGAACGAAGUUUAUCAGCUGAACAUUUAUAUCAAGUACGUAAAGAACAUAUACGUUAUAAGCAAUCAUUUAAAACACCAACAUCAUUUACAACUGAAGAUGUUACAGAUAUUUAUAAACCAUUUGUAUUAGAAAAUUAUAAAAGAAAAAUUGCUAUUGAACUUGAACGUCGUCGACGUGUACGACAAGAACAAUUUCAUUUCGAUUUAUCUUAUCCAUCUAUAUCUAAUACGGAUAUUGAUUUAACUAAUAAUUUAAUUAAAUAUUCUCAUCCACCAAUUAUUAAUAUUGAUCAAAAAAAUCAAUGUCAUCAUCAUGAUUUUCUUACGGUAUCACCAUCAAAUAUUGUACAAACAAAAGAAAUUAUUAUGGGUCGUGCACGUCGAUUAUUAAUUGAUGAUGGUACUGAUGAAAUUAUUCAACAUGUUGGUGUUAUUUCACCACCACCAAUCUAUUCCAUUUUUAUACCAUCAUCAUCAUCAGCAGCAGCACAAAGAAAUCUAGCAUUAACAACAAUGAUUAAUAAUCAACAUGAAAUUCCACAUAUAACAACUAUUGAUCCACCAGAUUUUAUUGAUCGAAAACAAUUUCAUAUUCGACAAGAAGAAGAUACUAACGAUGGAAUUCUUGAUAAUGUAUUAAGUAUACCACAACAGGGGAUUAUAUCACAUUAUCCACAUCGUCCGAAAACAAAACUUUAUACAUAUAUUACUCAUUCGAAAGCAAAUCAUAUCAGUCAUGCUAAACAAAUUGAAUCAGACUCUAUUAAUAAAAAAAUAUCUACAAUUACUAUAAAACCUAUAAUAACGUUAAAUCGACAUGAAGUAAAUCAAUUUAAUGAAUUUUUACAACAAACUCAACAUCUUCAAAUUCCACAAAAUAAUUAUCAAAAUGCUAUGCUUAUUUCAACUACACCACCACUUUCAUUAGCUGUUCAAUCAAAUAAUGAACAAAUUACACAAUAUAUUGAACCAAAACAAAAAUUUGAACAUAGUACAUUAACAAUUCUUAAAAAUGAACAUUUUGCUGUUAUACAAGGAGAAAUUCCCAUAUUUGAAAAUGUUCAAACAGCUAAUCUAUCACUAACAUCAAAUACUUUUGUCAAUAAUAUAUUAUCUGAUAAUGAUGAUAUUUCUUUACAUAUUUGUCAAAGAAAUAAACAACCAAUAAUAUUAAAUUCAUCACAUAUAAAUACAUUAGAAUCAUAUGAUGAACAAGAUGGUAGAAGACAUAAAACAUUAUUGAAUGAAGAAACUAGAGAUAUUGAUGAACAAUUGCCUGAAUAUGAAAGAGUAACAAUUACAAAUGAAAUAGCAUAUGUUGAUCCAUUGUUACAACCAUUAAAUAUUCAAAUAUUCGAUGAGUGUGUUCCACUUGCUUCACUUCUUGAAGAAUCGAAUACUACUACUAUACAUAAACAAUAUGCUAAACAAAUAAUUGAUGACAAUCAUAAUUGGAAAACUUAUGAAAAAGUCAAAGAAAAUAUUCGUAUACCAAUCAUUAUCGAUGAUCAAGAAUGGAUUGAUGAAAAUAUUGAAAUAAUUUCUAAUGAAUUUCAAUCAAAUAUAGAAAAUGCUCAACAUAAAUAUACAGAAAAUAUUAAAUAUGAACAAAUAAAAAUAAAUCUACCACAACAAUAUACUACAAAAUCUAUUAUAAAUGAUCACAAAUCUAAUGAAUUAUUUGAAAAGUCAUUUGAACAACAACAGCAACAACAAGUUUUUGAUUAUGAUGAACAAGCUCUAUCUUUAUUAGAUGAUUCUUAUCUAAUUCGAUAUCAACAACAAGCAAAUAUUCAUAUUGAUGAACGUCCAAAUUUAGAAAAUCCUAUUCAUUCUCAAACUAUAUUAACAUUAAACUAUCCUUAUUAUAAUUAUAAACAUUCAUAUAAAAAUUUUCAACAACAAGAAAAAAAAAUCAUAACACAUAAUGAAACUGAAUUAAUAAAACUUUCAUCAGAUCAUAUUGAAGAAUUUUCAAUUGAUUCUCAAAUAUCAUCAUUUAUUGAUAUGGAAAUAUUUUUAAAUCAUUUUGAAGAAUGUCUUGAUCAUGAACAACAUCUACCAUUAAUUGAUCAAAUAUCUAUUUCUUAUGCAACAACAAAUAUAAAAAGAUGUGAACAAACAAAUCGUACAUUACCAAUUGAAUGGUUUAAAUCUACUACUAUUCAAUCACAAGAUGAACAACUUGUUGAACAAUGGACUGUUGAAAAAGAUAUCGAUACUAUUCAACAUGAGGGUACUUUACGUCGACAACCAAUUGAAUUGAUAACUAAUACCGAAUGUGUUAAUUUUCUUCCUACGAACAAUAGUUUUCUUAUGAAAGAAAAAACUGACGAUGAAAAUUCAAAUAAUUCAACUUCAAUAAAUAUACAAGAAAAUAAUUGUAUAACAGAUAUUCUUACACAUUGUUCUCCUACAAGUGACUAUGAAACAGAUUCCGUCGACAAAGAUAACGAUAUCAUUACUUCAACUGUUAACAAUGCUGUUAUCAUUCCUGUAACAUCUAGAAUAAAUAUUUUACUCUCAUCAUCUAUCACAAACACAACACUAUCAUCAUCACCAUUUCCAUCGUCUACAACACCAAUCGUACCUGUUAUAUAUUUUCUUGAUGUAUUAGCAACAGAAGAUAAUAAAAUAAAUAAUCCAACAAAAAAUUUUUUAUUAACAAUUGGUUUUGGUCAAAAUGAAAAUAAUAAUAAAAUAAUGAAUGAAACAACAACAAUAACAACAACAACAACAACAACAAUAAAUAAUACUCAUCAACUACAAAGACCAACAUGGAUUAAUCAAUCAUCAGAAUAUGUUGAAAUUUUACCAACAAUAAUACAUCAUGAAAAAGAAUCAAAUAAUUCUUUAAUACAAGAACAACUAUAUUUUGCUACAAUAAAUCAAAUUGAAGAUGAUGAGACAGCACUUUUAAUUUAUUCACAUCGUUUACAACAUGGACAUGAUUUUGGUGAAAAUAUACAAGAACCAUUAAAUUCAUUUUUUGAAACAUCAUAUAUGCAUUUACCAAUAAUCAAUGAAAUUCAUAUGUUAGAAACAAGUUUUCAUACUGAAUUUCCACUUUUUCAUCCACCUGAUAGUUUACCACAUAUACUUUCAGUUAAAAUACAAGAUGAUGAAAUAAUUUUACCAAAUGAAUAUGAAAUAAAACAACAAGAAUUAUUAUGUUAUGGUCAAAUACAUGAUCUAUCUGAUGAUGAAGAAGAUAUUCAAUUAAUAUCAUUAAAAUAUGAUCAAUCAACAUCUUUAGAACAUUAUCAUAUUCAACCAUUAUAUUCAUUUUCUGAAAUAUGUUAUGCUGAAAUAAUUCAACCAAAUUAUAUUAUAAAAAAUAAUGAUAAUGAUGAUUUAUUAUCAACUAUCCUAACAAGAAAAUAUGAGAAUGAAUAUGAAUUAAAUCAAUAUGAUCAAACUGAUUUAAUGCUACAAAAAGCUAUAAAUAAUCAAAUAGACCAUGAAAAUUGGAAAUUAGAAAUCCCAACAUCAACAAAAUCCUUUAAAAAAAUGACUGAAGCCCUUGAUAGACACUUGUAUUGA